UGAAUAUAUGAUUUUAUGGUCUGGUCGUAGCCAAACAAGGCUCUCCUUAAACCCUACUUGCAUCCCUCCCACGAAGCUCGACCCCUUCUUGUUCAAACCAGAGACAUCCCCAUCGUCUCCUCAUUUCGAGGUACCUACAUUGAUCGGUCCACGAGCUCUUCACUCCAUGGCCUGCGCUUCUCUAUCCAAGCCUCACCGAUGGAAACCAGCACUCGCCCCGCGCGUCCCCGGAGCCUCUCUGAACUCUCGGCUGCUCCGUUUCUGCAGCUCGACGGAGCAACCGACCCCCCCGGGGGCCGAUCAUACACCUUCGGAGAACGCUGCCCCGCGCUCGCAGCCUGAACCCAGAACCCAAUCCGAAGCCUCCGACGCUGUGGGAGCUCGGGAAAGGCCGAGGCAGAGGACCCCGCGAGGUAAGUCUCGGAACCCAGAAAAGUUAGAGGACAUUAUAUGUAGGAUGAUGGCUAACAGAGCCUGGACGACCCGCCUCCAGAACUCGAUCCGGGUUCUGGUCCCCGAGUUCGACCAUUCGCUCGUUUACAAUGUCUUGCACGGGGCACGCAACUCGGAGCACGCGCUCCAGUUCUUCCGGUGGGUCGAGCGGGCCGGGCUGUUCCGGCAUGACCGCGAGACCCACUUGAAGAUAAUCGAGAUCUUGGGCAGGGCUUCCAAGCUCAAUCAUGCCAGGUGCAUUCUCUUGGAUAUGCCCAAGAAGGGUGUUGAGUGGGAUGAGGACUUGUUCGUCGUGAUGAUAGAGAGUUACGGUAAGGCGGGCAUUGUUCAGGAGGCUGUGAAGAUGUUUAUGAAGAUGAAGGAAUUGGGUGUCAGUAGGAGUGUCGACAGCUAUGAUGCUGUGUUUAAAGUGAUUCUCAGGCGCGGUCGAUAUAUGAUGGCGAAACGGCUCUUUAACGCAAUGUUGAAUGAAGGGAUUGAGCCGACUCGUCAUACUUACAAUAUCAUGAUCUGGGGGUUCUUUUUGUCUAUGAGACUGCCUACUGCACUACGGUUCUUUGAGGAUAUGAGGAGCAGGGGUAUUUCACCUGAUGCGGUGACAUAUAAUACAAUGAUUAACGGUUAUUAUAGGUUCAAAAAGAUGGAAGAGGCAGAGAAGCUGUUUGUGGAGAUGAAGGGAAAAGAUAUAGCGCCUACUGUUAUAAGCUAUACAACCAUGAUUAAAGGGUAUGUUUCAGUUGGGCGUGUCGAUGAAGGGUUGAGAUUGCUUGACGAGAUGAAGUCAUAUGGCAUCAAGCCAAAUGACGUCACCUAUUCGACUCUUUUACCAGGGCUUUGUGAAGCAGAGAAAAUGGCUGAAGCUCGGUCCAUUUUGAAAGAAAUGGUGGAUAGAUACUUGGCCCCCAGAGACAAUGCAAUAUUCUUGAGAUUAUUGACUUGCCAGUGCAAGUCAGGUGAUAUGGAUGCAGCUGUCGAUGUACUCAAGGCCAUGAUUAGGUUGAGCAUUCCAACAGAAGCAGGCCAUUAUGGUAUCCUAAUCGAGAACUUUUGCAAAAAUAAUGCAUAUGAUAGAGCAAUUAAGUUGCUUGAUAAACUUAUUGAGAAGGAAAUCAUAUUGAGGCCACAGAAUACUUUGGAGAUGGGACCUGAAGCAUAUAACCCGAUGAUUCAAUAUCUUUGCAAUCACGGGCAAACGGGAAAAGCUGAAAUCUUUUUCCGACAGCUGAUGAAAAAGGGUGUCCAAGAUUCAGUGGCCUUCAACAGCAUAAUUUGCGGUCAUUCAAAAGAAGGGAAUCCUGAUGCUGCUUUUGAAAUCUUGAAGAUAAUGGAUAGAAGAGGGUUUCCAAGAGAUGCGGAUUCUUAUAAGUUGCUCAUCGAGAGCUACCUAAGGAAAGGUGAACCGGCUGAUGCAAAAACGGCUCUUGAUAAUAUGAUGGAAAGUGGGUACGUUCCAGAUUCGUCUGUUUAUAGGUCAGUGAUGCAGAGUCUGUUUGAGGAUGGUAGAGUUCAAACCGCGAGCAGGGUAGUGAAGAGUAUGGUAGAGAAGGGGGUGCACGAGAAUAUGGAUUUGGUCGCUAAGAUUCUGGAAGCUCUCCUAAUGAGAGGUCAUGUUGAGGAAGCUGUUGGGAGGAUCGACUUGCUAAUGCAGAGCGGCUGUUCACCUGACUUCGAUAAUCUUCUCUCUGUGCUUUCAGAGAAAGGGAAGACAAUUGCUGCUCUUAAACUGCUAGAUUUUGGUUUGGAGAGAGAUUGUACCAUCAACUUCUCGAGUUAUGAUAAGGUUCUGGAUGCUCUUCUAGGGUCAGGGAAGACUCUCAAUGCCUAUUCGAUUUUAUGCAAAAUCAUGGAGAAAGGAGGGGUUUCAGAUUGGGGGAGCUGCGGUGAUCUGAUCAAGAGCCUUAAUCAGGAGGGGUACACAAAGCAAGCAGAUGUUCUGUCUAGAAUGAUUAAAGGAGGUGAUAAAACUGGCAUUUACAAGAAAGGGAAAAAACAAGCAAAGGUUGCAAUUUGAUUUCCAUUGCCGUGCAUUUUGGUCCAGUCAAUUUUAUUUUCUUGGUGAGGACCAUUCAUGCGAAUGCUCCCGUUCAGUGGAAGUUUUAAGCUGCCCAUCCUGAAUGCUAGACUCUCACUGUUGAGUUCGUCGGAGUUCAAUUCUGAUCUUUAAAAAUGCAACUUAGCACUGACCUUGUUUUUUACUUUUAUUGCUGCUUCUUUGUGAGUUUUUUGAAUAAUAUAUUUUUGGAGCCAUUUUUUUCUGAUUAGGCGAAGCUUUUGGGCUUAAUAGAUUUGGAUCAUUGGACGGGUUAGUAAACUGUCUUGGUGUAAGCUUCAAGUUGCGGCUAUACAUUGAAUUUAUCCCUUUUGCACAUGCA